AUGGCGAAAACGCAAUCGAAGAGGGGCGGGAAGCUGAAAUCGGAUUCGAAAAAACUCAAGAAAGAUGGGAAUCGUGCGGGGCACAUGGAGAUGAAAUCGCAAAUCAAUCUUCCUGAUGAGGAUAGGAAGGUGAAGAUUGAUUUAGAGGACAUAGAGGAUGAGAUUAACUAUUGGAAACCAUCUUUGGUGUGCUAUGUGCUUGGUUCUAAUCCACCAUUGCACAUCCUUGAAGGUUUUGCAAAACGAAAAUGGUCUGAGAAAGUGGACAAAGUAAAGCUAUUAGCAUAUGGGGUGUUUUUGAUCAGAUUUCAUUCUAUUGAGCAAAGAGAUGAAGUGUUGAAUGGGGGCCAUAUUUUCUUCAAUAGGAAACCGGUCAUUAUGAAGCCAUGGGACCCGAAUUCAAGUGUUAAGAAAGAAGAUGUGAAAUUAGUACCUAUUUGGAUACAAUUAGAGGGCUUAGAACUCAAGUAUUGGGGAGAGAAGUCUUUGUUUAAAAUUGUUCGGCAAUUGGGAAAGCCUAUCAUGGUAGAUGCGAUUACUGUUGGCAACACUACAGUAACAGUCCAGUACGAAUGGAAGCCAAGUGUGUGUCAACAUUGUUAUGGAAUGGGCCAUGUGACUGCUGAAUGUAAAAAGAAAACUCAGGCCAAGAAAGAAUGGGUUGUGAAGGCAGAUAAUAGAGCAGAACCCAGGAAGAAUACACAGGAUGAAGAUGGUUUUCAACCGGUAUCAAAAGGCAAAAAGAUCAGAAUGCAAGAAGACCCUGUAGAAACCGAAAUACAGAAUGUGUUUAGUAUUUUAGAUGGUACAGGGGAAGAGCAACAAGAGGAACAAGAAACUGAGAUUGGGGCCAUACAGAUCAAUACAAGAGGGGGGGGGGGGGAGAUCCCUCUCUUGGAAAUGGAUAAGUUCCUUUGUUGGAAUGUCCGAGGGGCCAACAACACUCAAAAACAAAGAGCAAUCAAGCAACUUAUUCAUAAUCAGGGUGUUGGUUUUGUGGGGCUCCUUGAGACAAGGGUCAAGGUUCACAAAUUGGGAACCUUGUAUCUUAAUGUGUUCGAAGGAUGGUGUUUCUCAACAAACAUCGCUUGGCAUCGAGGUGGAAGGAUUGUCAUUGCUUGGAAUCCGGUAAGAUACAUUGUGGAUAUUAUUAAAUGUACAAGUCAACUAAUGCAUUUAAAAAUCUCUACAAUGGAUCAUACCUUUAGUAGCUUUGCUACUAUCAUUUAUGCUUUCAAUAAUAAAGCUAGGAGAGAGACACUAUGGAAAGAUUUGGCAGCUUUAGCAACAAUGGAGAGCUGGUUUUUAAUGGGAGACUUUAAUGAUAUUCUCUUAAAGGAGGAGAGAAUAGGACAUAAAGUCAAGUAUUAUCCAGAUAUAGCUUUUGCAAACUGUGUUGAGCAGUGUCGGUUGGAAGAUGUGAAGGCAACUGGGAAUUUUUUCACAUGGUCAAACAAACAACAAGGGAAAGAUAGAAUUUGUUCAAAAAUUGAUAGAGUUAUGGCUAACCAAGCAUGGCUUGAUCAAUAUCUGACAGCAGAGGCGAACUUUCUGAGCGAAGGGACAUUUGAUCAUUCUCCUUGUGUGUUAUCCUUGUAUUCAAGGAGAGUUGAAGGAAGGAGUGUUGGAAUGUGGAGUAGUUACCUGAACUUCAGCAAUAAGGUUCAGGAUGUAUGGAACAAUCGGGUAUAUGGGACCAAGAUGUAUCAAGUGAUAUCCAAGCUCAAAGCUCUAAAGCCAGUUCUAAAAGAGAUUAACAAAGAUGGUUUCUCUGAUAUGCACACGGCUGUCCAAAGAGCCCAGGGUGAUCUAGAAAAUGUGCAACAACAACUACAGCAAGAUCCGCUUGAUAUUGAGAUGAUUGAUAGAGAAUUGGCUGCGAGAACUAAGCUAAUCCGAGUGCAGCAAGACUAUUCAACAUUUCUGCAACAGAAGGCUAAGGUCACUUGGAUCCAAAAUGGAGACUUGAAUACUGCAAUUUUCCAUGCAAGUAUCAAGCAAAGAGCAAGACAUAAUCAGAUUUUCUCCAUUGAAAACCAGCUGGGUUCUAGGAUCAUUGACCCCAAUCUGAUCUCAACAGCUUUUGUUGAUUACUAUAAGGAGUUGCUGGGAACAAGCAUGGCUAACAGAAGGACUGUUCUCAAGAAGAUAGUUAGCAGGGGAAACAAGGCCCUUGGUCCAGAUGGUUUCUCGAGCUUUUUCUUCCAAGAUUGCUGGGAGAUAGUGGGAGACGACAUAUUUCAGGCAGUGACUUCUUUUCUGGAAUCAGGUAAUCUUCUUAAAGAGAUCAAUGCUACAAUCUUGACAUUAGUCCCCAAAAAAAAAUGUCCUAACACAGUUAAAGAUUUUAGGCCAAUAGCUUGUUGUAAUGUUAUUUAUAAGAUUGCAACAAAGCUUUUGUGUUCUAGAAUCAAACUAAUUCUCCCUAAUUUAGUCUCCUUGAACCAAGGAGGCUUUAUUAAAGGGAGAUUCAUAGGACAUAACAUUAUGAUUUGUCAGGAUUUGUUGAGACAUUAUGGGAGGAAGAAUAAUAAACCUUCAUGUAUUAUCAAAUUAGAUCUGCAGAAGGCAUAUGACACUAUAGAAUGGGAUUUUAUUGAAGAAAUGUUGCAGGGACUCUUAUUUCCACCUAAGUUCAUUAAACUAGUUAUGAACUGUGUGAGAACACCUCACUUUUCAUUGAUGUUUAAUGGCACUUUACAUGGAUAUUUUGAGUCAAAAAGAGGUCUUCGACAGGGGGAUCCAAUGUCUCCUCUUCUAUUCGUGUUGGGAAUGGAGUACCUCACUCGAAUAAUGGGGAGAAUAGGUGACAAAGAAGACUUCUAUUAUCAUGACCGAUGUGCAGCCACUUCUCUAAACCACCUAGCUUUUGCUGAUGAUGUAUUACUGUUUUGCAAUGGGGAUCUCAAGAGUGUUUACUAUCUGCUACAAGGUCUCAAGUUAUUUUCUGAAACAUCUGGUUUGAAUCCAAAUGCUACAAAAUCGGCUAUGUACACUUGUAAUAUGCCUGAAGAUCAAGUUAGGAGAAUUAAGGCAAUAUCUGGUUUUCAGCACCAAUCCUUACCCUUUACUUAUUUGGGAGUUCCCAUUGGUGCAAAGAGAAUAUCUGGGAAGGAAUGUGAGAUCCUAGCUGAGAAAAUGACAGCAAGAAUCAAAGUGUGGAGUUCUAGAAAUCUCUCCUUUGCGGGGAGAGUGGUUCUCAUCAAUUCUGUCUUAAUGGCCAUUCACUCUUAUUGGUGUCAGGUAAUGAUUCUACCUAAGAAAGUGGUGUCCAAUAUUGAAGCUAUAUGCAGGAACUUUCUAUGGAAUGCCAAAGCUGAGUACCAUGGGCCAGGUGCAAUUGCUUGGGAUUUUAUUUGCCAACCAAAAGUAGCUGGGGGAAUUGGUUUCAAGGAUAUAGGCUCUUGGAAUAAGGCGGCAAUGGGGAAGUACAUUUGGGCUAUUGCUAACAAAGAAGAUAGUUUAUGGAUGAGGUGGAUUAAUAGUGUCUAUCUUCAUAAUGGUGAUUGGUGGGCCUAUGAAACAUCAAGCCAAACCAGCUGGUAUUGGAGAUGUUUAUUGAGGCUCAAGGAUCAAUUUAAAAUGAGUAACCAGCCCAUGAUGUUGCAGCAGUAUACCAUCUCGACAGGGUAUAAGUUGCUGGUGCAAAAUCCACCUAAGCUUCAGUGGACAAGACAGGUUUGGAGCCGUCUUAAUGCUCCAAAACACUGCUUCAUAUUAUGGCUUGCAAUGCAUCAACGACUCAAAACCAGAGAUCGGCUCUUCAAAAUGAAAAUCAUCACAGAUACAACAUGUAUUUUCUGCUGUGAUAGAUCUGAAACUGCAGAACACUUGUUCUUUGCUUGUCCGAACACACUAAUUUACUUGCAGGAUAUCAAGAGCUGGCUCGGAAUGAGAACAAUGCAUACAAACCUUCCCAACAUCAUCAAAUGGCUAGGAAGAUUGAAGGAAUCAAAAUUCAAGCUGCUGGUUUUUACAGCAGCUGUUGCCGGUUUGGUGUACACUGUAUGGCAGCUGAGAAAUAGGAAGUUGUGGACCAAAGAAGAGAAGUCAAGCUCACUGGACUUUUCUUGUAUGGAAACUUCUUGUAAGAGAAGCAAUUCUCUUAUGGAAAGAAUCAAGACCGAAUACAAGAUCGUACUGUUUAUGGCAGGAAUCAAGACCCAAUAUAAGAGGAUCCCUCCGUAUGAGCGGACCGCGCCCACUCAGCUCUUCCACCAACGGGCCAAGACCUUUGCCACUUAUGACAAGAAGGAUCUUGGCGUCGGGGGAUUGGUCACGACGGAGAAUUACUGGAAGGCCAAGCUGAUCCUAGGGCAUCAGUUGGUGGAGGACUCCAACCUUUCUAAGGUUAUCUGCCCAAACGUAAGGGUUCCGGCCGCGGAGAAGACCUUCCGGGAUGAGAUCAUUGCCACUGCAGAAGAGAAGUACCGAGAGUAUCUCGACUGGAAGGCCCAGGAGAAGGCUUACACCAAGGCCCAGGCAGCUGCGGGGAGGCCCCGUCGCGUUGGGAGUCCGGUUGAGAGGAGGACCCAGGCGGCUGUCGGGAGACCCCUUCGCAUUGGGAGCCCGGUUGAGAAGAGGGCUCCCAGGCCAAGGCCUACCGUCCAGGUACCGAAUACGGGGGCUCUUGAUGCCAGUACUUCCGGCUCUGCAGCUAAUCCCAUGGAGGCGAUCUUGGCCACCCUUGCCGGAGCCCAUAGUCGUGAUGCUUCCCUUCCUCCAACUUCUUCCCAGAUGGCCUUUACUCACUCUUGCUUCCUUUUCCAGCUUGCUGCAGAGGCCGGCCGCCUUUCCAAAAACAUAAUUAAUCACGGCUUCGUCUUGUCCGAAUUUGGGGGCAUAGAUAAAGUCGUGAAGAUCCUGCAGGACCUGUCUGCUGAAAGGCGGUCGCUCCAGGAGGAGGUUGCGCGACAGGAGGCCCUUGCUAAGGCCAAGUUCGAGGAAGAGGCUAAGCAAAGGGAAGCCCAAGCGGAGGCGAUGAUCCGAGAGGAGGUCCUUCGGAGGGAUAGGCUGGAGGUAAAGCACCGGGAAGCAUUGAGGGCGGAGGGCGAGGCUGUUGCCAAGGCCAAACGCGAGCUCCGGGAGGCUAGGGAGGCCUUAGACGAAAUGGCCGCUAGGGUAAAGUCCUUAGAGGAAUUGCACCAGGCGGACUUGGAGUCCAGGGCUAACUUGGCCGUGGAGCUGAAGGAGCUUAAGGACUUUAAAGACCAAUCCUUGAAGAAGGCUAAGAAAGAUGAGCUCCUUUCUCUUAUCUCCUGCAGCCGUUGCAUCUAG